CCAUACAAACAAGUUACCGCUCGGCGCUCACACGACAAGUCGUUGAUUUGGCGAUAUCACUUACAUUAUUUUUUUUAAACAGUUUCUGAUAAGUGGUAUUCCAACAUGGCAGUCGCUAUAAAUAAAGGUGUUUUCAUUGUGGCGGCAAAGCGAACACCGUUUGGAAGAAUGGGAGGGAUGUUAAAGGACGUCCACCCUGCUGACAUGCUGACGAUUCCUGCUAAAGACACAUUGAAAGCUGCUAACAUAGCACCAGCCCUUGUCGAUACAGUUAAUGUUGGUGUGGUCUCCUCGAUAUCUUGCAGUUCCGAUGGAGGUCUUACUCCACGUCACGCUGCUCUCAAAUCAGGUAUUCCGUAUGAAAAGCCUGCACUCGGCAUAAACAGGUUAUGCGGUUCUGGAUUCCAGGCUGUUAUUAACAGUGCACAGGAUAUUUUGACAGGAGUAGCCCAAAUAUCUCUUUCUGGUGGAACUGAAAACAUGUCCAGUAGUCCUUUUCUUGUACGAAAUGUUCGUUUUGGGAUACCUUUAGGUACCAAUCUUGAAUUCGAAGAUUACCUCACAGCAACUUCACUCGAUACAUAUUGCAACUAUACUAUGCCACAAACUGCUGAGAAUCUUGCUGAGAAAUACGAUAUUAAAAGGAGUGAAGUUGACGAAUUCGCGUUUCAAUCGCAGAAGAAGUGGAAAGCUGCUCAUGACAGCGGUGUAUUUAAAUCGGAAAUAAGUGCAGUGCCAGUUAAAGUGAAGAAGCAGGAAAUUAUCUUCGAUACAGAUCAACACCCGCGUCCAGAUACGACGCUUGAAGAUCUCCACAAAUUACCAGUAUUGUUCAGGAAGGGUGGUGUAGUUACUGCUGGAAACUCUUCGGGAAUAAACGAUGGCGCUGGAGCUGUUCUUCUGGCUAGUGACAAAGCAGUUAAGCAGCACAGCCUAACUCCCCUGGCCCGUCUCUUGGGCUGGUCUGUUGUCGGCGUCGACCCCAGCAUAAUGGGCAUUGGCCCUGUGCCGGCUAUACAGAAUUUGUUGGCAGCUGUUAAAUUAUCACUGAAUGAUAUAGAUAUGAUUGAGAUCAAUGAAGCGUUCGCAGCUCAAACUAUAGCGUGUAUAAAGGGAUUAGAUUUGGAUCAAAGCAAGUUGAACAUGAAUGGCGGAGCAAUUGCAAUGGGACAUCCUAUCGGUGCUUCUGGUGCUAGAAUCGUGGGACAUCUUGCACACGAACUGCGACGAAGGGGCUUGAAGAAGGCAAUUGGUUCAGCUUGUAUAGGAGGCGGUCAGGGUAUUGCGGUACUGUUGGAAGCAGUCUGAUUUAUUUAAAAAAGAGUAAUUUAAUACUUGCAUGACGUAUUUUUAUACUAAUAAAUAUUUAUAAAUAA